UGAUAAGCAGGUGGUAUUGGUGACAACGAUAGUGAAUACAGAAAUGCGGUUAUGAGUAUCGUUCCCUGGGCAGAGUCAAUUCAACCGUUUCAUUCGUCAGAAGAUCCCAGUCCUCGCAUAAGCAGUGAAAAGAUUAAACAGCCAAACCGCUAAUUUGAGGUUACGCUACAGGUGUCGCAACAACAAGUGGUCAUCGUGGUCCUUCGCUGCUAUACGCAACUGUCCCACGCAUCAAAAUGGUGUCUGCGGAAACGAUUGGUUCCAUUUUUAUAAAAGUGUUCAAAGUGGUCAUCAACAUUGUAGUACUGAUCAUUUACCGAACGGGAUAUGGAGGAGAUUUCCUCGGUAUCGGUGGUACCUGGAACCUUAACGAGGAGAAGAGCCCAGAUGCAGAAAUCGUCGCGUCAGGUGUAUUUGUCGGCUUUAUCAUCUAUACCGGAGUGCAGCUACUUACUUUUGGUUUCGGUACCACCAAACAUAAGUACGAGCUUUCCGACACGAUCAUGAACGUGGUCGGUACGUUCAUGUGGGUUGCUGUCGGUGGUACUGCACUACACUACUGGCACGGUUAUCUAGCGGAGCACGACUUUGAAAACAUCACUUCCGAAAGAACGGCUGGAUUGGCAUUAGGUGCCUUGUGUGUCAUCAACGGAGCCCUCUAUCUAGCAGAUUCUGUGCUUGCCUUCAUUCAUUACACUAAAUAUGCCUAAUUUUAGAAUACACCAUAAGUGAACAUUGCUGACAUUGUUUAGAAUGUAGUGUUUGUACGAUUAGUGAGGCUAAGGAAUUUAUUAUAAUUACUUAGAUUCAUAUACUUUGGUAACUAUUAUACAAGAGAACGUAAUCCUUAAGGCAUUGAAGCGUAGCUCUAUGCUUCCUCAUAAUAUCCGCCCUUUUCAUGCAAAAGUUCAAUCCCACAACAACAAUAGCCUUGCAACAAUAAUGUUCAAAUGAUUCCUAUAAAUGACAAAUAAAUGAAAAGGUAGGAAUUACCACCGUACCACAAAAAUAACAA